CAGCACCUGAUGCAGAUGCAGCCCAUGAUGGCAACCUACGGUUCACCGAAUCAGGUCACCACCGAUAUCAUUCAGCAGUAUCUGGACGAGAACAAGCAGUUGAUUCUGGCUAUUCUUGAAAACCAAAAUUCAGGAAAAGCUGAUGAAUGUGCUGAGAAUCAGGCUAAGCUUCAGAGGAAUCUGAUGUAUCUUGCAGCCAUUGCGGAUAGCCAGCCCCAAGUUCCUACCAUUGCUCAGGUAUAUAUUGGUAUUGGCUAACAUCAAUUAUCGGUAGGGUUAUUUUCAGAUGCACUCUCUAUAGUUAGGGGGCU